AUGAGUCGAAAGGGUGGACUAACUGAAGACGAUAUCUUUGCUGAAAUUUUAAAUACAAAUUUGGAAGAUUUUAGUAGUGAUGAUGAGUGUGUGGAUGCAACUUGGGAAUUACCCGUUGUAACAAAUGAUUUGGCAGACCAGGAAAGCGACAAUGAAGAAAAGGUCAAUGCUCUAUCAGAGACACCACCAGAGUCAAGUCAAACUGCCAAUCGUCGUGAUAUUUGGAAAAAAAAACCGUUUGAGAAUCUGUUGGAAAGCAGAUCUUAUGUAACUGCGGACACAAACACACCUAUAGAGACCCCUUAUCAUUAUUUUUCCGUGUAUUUCAAUGAUGAGUUUUUAGAAAAAGUUACGGAGUACACAAACAGGUACCAUGUGGCCGAAAAAGGCAAAUCACUGGGAGUAUCAGUAGCUGAAUUGAAAAAUUUUUGUGGAAUCAUCAUUGCGAUGGGCUGCAUUCGCUAUCCAAGGCUUCGCAUGUACUGGGAGAAAACCACAAGACUCCCUAUUGUAGCUGAUACCAUGAGUCGUGAUCGAUUCUUUCUCUUGCGCAUGUGUCUACAUGUGGUGGACUACAAUGAAGUAACAGAUGCAGAGAAACAAUCAAACGUGUUUUGGAAAAUAAAUCCGUUACUUGAACGUGUUAGAUCUGCUUGUAGAAAUAUUCCAAGAAAAUGUAAUGCUAAUUACUCAAUAGACGAACAAAUGAUACCAUUUACUGGUCGGUGCCCUGUUAGACAAAGCCUUCCAAAUAAACCUAGAGGAGUGGGAUUGAAAAACGAAGUUUUAACAACCUCUGAGGAGCUGGUCCUUGAUUUUGAGAUUUAUCAGGGCAAGACUACACCACUUCCAUGCUCAAAUUUAGGAUUAGGACCAGGCUUUGUUUUGCGUUUGGCUGAAACACUUCCUGAAGGUUCAAAACUGUUUUUGACCGUUAUUUCACGACAAUACCACUACUACAAGCACUGUUGA